AUGAAGCCGACAAGGCCGCUCGCCUUGAUUAAGAACAUUUUCGAAUCGUACCGCGACCCUCUCCCUCUAGACCAGAAUGAAAAAACGAAGCUGUACAGGAUAAUCACAAAGUCCUUCAGGAAGCAGCUCGAUAAAGAGCUUGGACUACCGGCGGAACAGUCUCCAGACUUGGCACAACGAAAAGCCGCUGAAGCUUUUGAAGCCACUUUCAAAUUGACGCGGCCCUCUCAUACAGAAACCCCUCGAGCGUCGCUUGGCAGCCAACACCUCCGCUCAAUUCUUUCAAAUCCGCUAUUCAGCUACGAUGCAUCAAAGGCAAAAGCACUGCGGGUGCAAGGGGAGAGGGAUCCAAUGGAUGUCUUCGAGGAGGCAGCUGCCAGGGGGCUCAUGACUCCAAUACGCGCUGCCGGUUGUCUCAAAGCCAAACGCCGUCAGAUAAUGCAAUCAUCUGCAAUGGACCCUGUCACAGUCAUGGCGUCCUCAUCAGCUGGGCAGAGGGUUGUGGAGUGGCUACGGUCAUCGGGCUUAGAGAAAGACUUCUCGUUUCUCGGCAACCAACAGCUACCGUUUCUGAAACAGCUCAUCCCAUUCAUGAUUGCUGAGGGGAUGGAGAAGACGGUGUGGGUUUGGUUGGAUAUGCUUUCCAAGGAUCGCGACGACCGUCCGAUAACGGAACGGGAAUUCAAACAAGUGCAACUCUUUGGUGCCUUUGUCGAGCAUAAAUACCAGGGCGCCACGAGUAUGAACAACGCAUAUGCCUGCAUGAAGCAGGUCAAAGAGACAUUCCCAUGGGACAGACAGGAAAAACCACCUAAAUACAUCAUGACGACCUGGCAAAAGGUCGCCUGGGAAUCUACAGUUAUGGCGUGGAAACAUCUCACAAAGGCAUCUCCAAGGUUGUUCGAAUCGUUUUACACUAUUGGGAAAGACAACCUCGACCGCCAGAUGUUUGAGGUAGAAAACUACCACUCACACCAUGGCAUCGACGUGGCCCAUCUCGCGCUACACCACCCUACAAAACCGAAUGCUGAGCAAGCAGUGAAGCUCCUGCUUGAUGACAAAAGCCACAGAAUUUGGAAGACUUGGAAGAGGCAACAUCAAGCCCUUCCAGAAACGCACAUUGCACGUAGUACAACGACUGUCAGGAUGCGGGCUUUUAGCCUCGAUACCAUCAAAGUGUGUGCCUCGCAAGGACAAACAGCUCGAGCAGAAAAGCUUUUACAGAAGCUGGCUCCAUACCUAGGCAACGAUUUCCGUGUGGCUAUCGAUGAAAUAGAAGAAUAUGAGGAUGCGGAACUUUUUGAUCUUGAUAAUUCGGCAGCAGUUCAGUAG